UUGAAACUCACCUCGACGUGACCUGUCAGUACCUGUAACUCUGCCUGCUUGGCAUUUCACUGGCAGUAGUACAGCUGUGGCGUUAAUGAAAGUAAGCAAUAAAUACAAUGUCUGAAACGUUGUCGGACCGGAUUUCUGCAUGCAUGAAGAGGGUGCUGAAAGACUUUGAAAAAAUCAGAGGCCAGAGCAAAGAAGAUGGGUUUAGCAUAGCAUUCUGGGAUAUAGUAGUGAUCACAGCAGCUGAUGAAGAGCAGAAAAAAGCCUAUGAACUUCAACUGUAUGGAAAACUGCAGCGAAAUGAAAUACCAAAGGGCAUUCCAUACCAUGUAUAUGCUGAUCCACCAGGAUAUAAACUUGGCAGUGGUGGCUCCACCUUUACGGCUCUGUCAGAACUACACAAAAUCUACAACCAGGACCUUUUUGACAAGAAGAUCCUCAUGAUUCACGCAGGAGGGCAGAGCCAAAGGUUGCCAAGUGCUAGUGUUCUUGGGAAAAUAUUUUCAGCUCUGCCAUUGGGGGAGCCUAUGUACCAGCUGUUGGAGCUCAAAUUGGCGAUGUAUCUCCCCGUCAUUGAGAAGAUGUCACCAGGUGUCCUCUUGACCUCCUCGGACACCCUCGAGUUGUUCAAUGAUGGCGAGGAGUCGGACUGGGCCAUCGAUAAACCUGGCUUCACUGCAUUUGCUCACCCCAGUUCACUUGAGAUAGGAACAGGGCAUGGUGUCUAUGUACUGGAGGAGCCAAAGAAGAUGGGCAAGAAGAAAGUUGAAGAGGCGCUGUGUUUGGAGGUGUUGCAAAAACCAUCCGUAAAGCUGAUGUACGACAAGGGGGCGGUCAUUGAGAAGAAAGAUACCAACUCAAAGGCAGAGGACCCUUACGUUUACUCUGACAGCAUGUUUUAUUUUGACCAUACUUUAACACAGAAGAUGUUGAAGUGGUAUGAAGAGAAUGGUCCCAUUCAGUGUGAGAUCUGUGCUUACGGGGAUUUUCUUCAGCCGUUGGGUCCCAGAGCUACCGGGGAGUACAUCCACAACACAUCUAAUGUGAGCCAUAUGGAGCCUGCUCUGCUGAAAACUCGUGAACAGAUGUUCAGUCUUCUCAAAGGCACACAGCUGAACCUUGUUGUGUUCAAUGAGUCCAAGUUCUAUCAUGUUGGUACCACGCACGAGUACAUUGACAACCUUUGCCACAGCCAGAGCUUUUCUCAGGAGUUGGGUUUAAGCAGAGAUGCUUUCAGUCAUUUCUCACAGCACAAUGCCAGGCUUGCCAAGAUGCCCAAACUCGAGUCUGCCAUUGCUGGUUGUGUCAUGCAUAGCUGUCUCCCCAGUCAGUCGGCGGUUGCUGCCAGUGCAGUAGUGGAAUACAGCCAUUUCAAAAUCCCUGUCAAGAUUGGUGCAAAUUGCAUUAUAAGCAACUGUUUCUUUGAUGAUGACCAAUCAGAAGAGCUCUCUCUUGAUAUCCCUGCUAACACGUUCUUGCAUACCAUCCCUAUGGUACACAAUGGCGGCACAUGUUAUGCGACAGUAGUUUACGGUACCAAUGAUAACAUCAAAAAACGAGCAGCUGAUCGUGAAUCUGCAGGUCAAAUAACCUUUCUUGGUAAAGAUCUGAAACGAGCUUGUGAAUUUUACAAACUAAAACAGCCAGGAGAUCUCUUUGAGAAAAAUCCCAAAGCGUUAAAUCUCUGGUUCUGUCAGCUAUUUCCAGUGGUCAGCAACAUGGGUCAGUCUUGUUAUUUUGCUGUUCAGAUGGCCAAGCACAUGCAGUCCAGUAGUGGUGAUCAGGAGCUGGACCUCAGUGGCUAUCCUCGCGUUUCGAUGGCAGACCUGCUGGAGACCAAGGAUGUGGCAGCCAUGUUGGAAUACAGAGAAAAGCUUAGAAAAGUUAUUGAGAAAGCACACCAUCAUUGAUUCUUUUUUCUAUUGAAGAUCUUUUUGCAAGAUACUCAUUUAUGCGUCUUGGUUUCUUUUUCCUCUCUUUGACCAUACUCCCUUGAUAUGAAUUUUUUUAUUAUUUUUUUGGGGGGGGGGGGAUCAAAAUGUUAUGCAAUCUUGAAUUGGCGUAAAUAUUUUAGCUUGGGUUAUAAUAAUACUAAUUCCACAAUACUGAAUUUUAGACAUGCAACUGUGAUAAGUGGAAUCAUUCAAGCACUGACUGAGAGCAUUAUGUAGUUCUGACAAUUAAAAAGUAAUCUGACACACAUUUUAUUCAUAAUUCUUUAAACAAUAAUGAUACUUCCCUACGAACUAGGCAGGUACAAAUAUGAUAUAUAUUGUAUGUGAUGGAGUGAUCUAAACUUUUGAUUCCUUUUAGGUGAUAAUUUGGUAGUACUACAUGUAUUGGGCUGAUGGUUACUUUUCUGUGUAUUUAAUCAAGAUGUUUAUGUAGAUAAAUGUAAUCUACGAUUUCUUUUUCAUUAUUGUGGGUUAAACUCUCAGUGUUUUAUUUAUACAUUUUUGCCAUUCAACUGAAAUGAGAUGGUUAACAAAGAACUGUAGUUUUAAUAGCAAAGUGCAGUUUGGAUGUUUUAAAGAUUAAGCACAAUUGUAACAAGUUUUAUCUGACAAAAUGCAAGGUAUAAAGCUUUACUCAACUGCAAGUAAUACAAAAGUAAUGAUUAUUUUUGCCAAACUGCUGAUUACAAUCCUAUAACAUGUAUAUGUUCUGUGUUAAAUGUAGCAAUAUAUAUAUAAUAAUAAUGAUAUAUGAUUACAAUGAGGUAAAGGAGAGGAACUGUGAUAUAGUACUUAAAUUAUUACAUUCCAGGUCUGAUAAUUCGUGCUGUCAAUUGUGGGGAUGCUUUAUAUUAAACUAUUUACUAGAUGUAUGCACCUCUUUGUGGAGCGUAAUUUACCUGCCAUCUUUGUCUCAACAAGAUCUUUGUGAUGUGGUCUUAUUUAUAUUUGUGUACUUUUAUAGACAUUUAAAACUGCAAUAAUGUUUGAAGCAUUUCACUUUUUUGCAGUGAGAUUUUUUAAAUUUAUAUUUCAAGUGAUUGGUUUGGUAUUUUGGGGAUUUUUGGUUCAUCUUAUAUUUUUGUGGGUUUCAACUUCUUUUACAUUUUUCCUGACCAAAUGGGGCUAGUUGUUAUGCCAUGGUUAAUAAAGGCACCAUUAAACAACUGA